AUGGCGAUCAACCCCCAAAACUUGGAAAAGUCUGACCAGAUGAAAUGGGGCUCCGAGUUACAGGGCUCAGGCCAAGUGAUCAGAUCAUAUACCUGUGCCUUUUGCCAGAGAGGCUUUUCAAAUGCACAGGCUCUAGGGGGUCACAUGAACAUCCAUCGAAGGGAUAGGGCAAAGCUUAAACAGGCUGCCGAUGAUCAAAACUCUCUCCCUCUCGACAUCAUGAUGAAUCCGGCCAAUCACGAUCAUCAGCCUCAAGCUUUGGAGGAAAAGAGUUGCAGUCCUCCUAAAAGGGAAGAUGAUCAUGAUAAAAGGGUCGGAGAAUUAGUUGGUGGCGAAGAAGUACUUCACCGCCAGCUUCCCUUGUUUGUUGAGAGACCAUCGGGAAGAAGAGAUGAUUGUGGAGGCGGGAAUGAAGAGAAGAGGAUUCAGAUAACUGCAGGAGUGGACCUAGAGCUUCGGCUGGGAGAGAGAGAGAUUGAGAGAAAAACGACAGAGAAGGUGGAGACAAGAGAGAUGGAGAUGAGAAAGAGAGAGCGAUUGAGCCUUUGA